AUGUCUAAUACAAAUACUUUCUCAUCAAGUGUACAAACAUAUUAUCCAACAGAAAUACCAUCAAACUGGAUUGAUUGUCCAAGAAAAUCAAAUAUUAUUGCUGGAAAAUUUAUUGCAUUUAAAACACCAUUAGAUGAUCGAUAUAAAACUGAAAUUCCUAUUCAUAAACUAUGGACAUGUAAUAUGUUAAUUAAACACAUUAAAGAUGAUCAAAAAAAUCUUGGUCUUGUUAUCGAUUUAACAAAUACAAAACGAUAUUAUAGAAGUGAUAUUGAAUUUAUUCAGAAAAAUAUACAUUAUGAAAAACUUUCAUGUCAAGGACAUAAUGAAGCACCAAGUGACGAACAAAUUGAUUUUUUUAUUCAAAUUUGUCAUGAUUUUAUAAAUACGAAUCCAAAUGAUAUUAUUGGUGUUCAUUGUACACAUGGUUUCAAUCGAACAGGUAUCAAUGUUGCUAUCGAUCUGUUUGCAGCAGCUCGAUCACCAGGAAUUUAUAAACAAGAUUAUUUAGAUAAACUUAUUGAAAAAUUUUCUACGAAGAAUUUUAUAUCAAUUCUUGCACCAUUACGACCUGUAUGGUGUUUAGAAAAUAAAAUUGUUACAUUAAAUGAAAAGAAACGUAAAUACAAUGAUAAAGAUGAUCAAAAGCCUAAUAAAGUAUUUCAUCAACAAAAUUCUAAUCCUGUAUUUGCUGUUGAUCUUAUUGAUGUUAAACCUAUUUGUUUUCAAUCUAUUAUUGAUAAUAUUCGAUUAAAAUGUCAACAAAUGUGUGGAUGGAAUCGAUCAACUUUUCCAGGCUCACAACCUGUAUCAAUGGAUUAUACAAACUAUCAAACUAUAUUUCUAUCACCUUAUAUGGUUAGCUGGAAAGCAGAUGGCACCAGAUAUAUGAUGUUAAUUGAAAGUGAAAAUAAAAUUUAUAUGUUAGAUCGCAAUAAUGAUGUAUUUCAAAUUAAUCAUCUAUACUUUCCAAAAGAUUCAGAUUGUACAAGACAUUUAACAAAUACAUUAAUUGAUGGUGAAUUUGUUAUUGAUAAUGAUCAUGGAAUUAAAAUAUAUCGAUAUUUAGUUUAUGAUAUUGUCAUAUAUGAAAAUGAGAAUGUUGGUCAACGAUCAUUUACAGAACGUCUUGAUAUAAUACGUCAUUCUAUUGUUAAUAUUAGAAAUGAAGCUAUAGCAAAAGGUCAUAUUAAUAAAAGUUUGGAACCGUUUUCAAUACGAAAUAAAGAAUUUUGGGACUUAUCAACAACAUCUAAAUUACUUAGUCCAGCAUUCCAAUCAAAAAUCUCUCAUGGAUGUGAUGGACUGCCUUAUCACUCCGGACGAUCUACACAUGUAUUCAAAUGGAAAGAAAACAAUACAAUUGAUUUUCGAUUGCAAAUUCGUCAAACAAGAGGAUCACAAGAAAAAAAUGCUCUUCUAUAUGUUCAUGGCAUGUCAAAGCCAUUUGCAUCCAUGCGUUAUUCACCAGAAUUAGAUCAAUAUAAAAAUCAAAUUAUUGAAUGUUAUUAUCAUAGUGGUGAAUGGUAUCUUUAUCGACAUCGUCCCGAUAAACUAUAUCCUAAUGCACUAACGACAGCCGAUGGAGUAACUACAGCAAUAAAACGUCCAAUAACUAAAGAUAUACUUUGUUCUCUUAUUGAAGAAAAUAUAGCGUUUAAUAAUUAUUAA